CAGCCUGCGUGUCGUAUAAAUAUCGCUUUGCCAGCAAAGCGGUCGAAUGUUUUCGUUGCGUCGGUGACCGAAAACUCGCGCUUUCCAGUUGCGUAUCCAAAUAACGUCGAAGCAAGUAUGCUCGUUUGAUCUCUCGUCACAUCAUGUACAUUAAACAGGUAAUCAUCCAAGGAUUCAAGUCGUAUCGCGAACAGACGGUCGUCGAGCCGUUCGAUCCGAGGCACAAUGUAGUGGUUGGCAGAAACGGAUCUGGCAAGAGCAACUUCUUCUACGCCAUUCAGUUUGUCUUGAGCGAUGAAUUCUCGCAUCUCAGACCCGAGCAGCGACAAGCACUGUUGCAUGAAGGAACGGGGCCCCGCGUUAUAUCUGCCCACGUAGAAAUCAUAUUUGACAAUACUGAUGGAAGAUUACCGAUUGAUAAGGAUGAGGUCUACUUAAGACGAGUGAUUGGUUCCAAGAAGGACCAAUAUUUUCUCAACAAGAAGAUAGUAACAAGAAACGAUGUUAUGAAUCUGUUGGAAUCGGCAGGAUUUUCCAGAUCCAAUCCUUACUACAUCGUAAAACAGGGAAAGAUAAAUCAAAUGGCAACAGCACCAGAUUCGCAGAGAUUAAAGUUACUGAGGGAAGUAGCGGGCACUAGGGUGUACGAUGACAGAAGAGAGGAGUCGAAAUCAAUUUUGAAAGAGACAGAAGGCAAACUGGAAAAAAUCGAAGACUUUUUGCGCACGAUAGAGGAGCGUUUGAAGACACUCGAGGAGGAGAAGGAGGAGCUGAAGGAGUAUCAGCGCUGGGACAAGCAACGCCGUUGCUUGGAAUACACGAUCCAUGACCGCGAACUGAAAGAAAACAGGAGGAAGUUGGUAGAACUCGAGGCAUCCAGAGCCAACAGCGGAGCCGAGCAGGCAAGGCUAGGAGCAGAAGCAAAAACCGCCCAGGAGAUGGUGCGUGCAGCUACAAAGAGAUUGAAGGAAUCGAAGAAGGAGGUGCAAACUGCCAAGGAAGAGAGAGACACGCUUAGCGCGGAGCAACAGCAGUUACUGAAAGAGAAAACCAAGUUAACUCUAACGAUCAAUGAUUUACUGGAGGAAGUGAAAGGCGAUAACGACAGUAAGAAGCGUGCUCAGCAAGAGUUGGAGAAAUUAAAAGCCAAUAUCGCCGUUCGGGAGGACGAGCUCAAGGCUCUUAAACCUGAGUAUGAACGAAUGAAACGCGUCGAGGAAGAAUGCACGCGGGAAUUGCAAUUGAAGGAACAGAAACGCAAGGAGUUGUACGCUAAGCAAGGUCGUGGCAGUCAGUUCACCACGAAGGACGAGAGAGACAAGUGGAUACAAAAUGAGCUGAAACAACUGACCAAACAGAUCAAGGAUAAGGAAGAGCACCAGAAGAAGAUCAGCGAGGACUUGAAGCGUGACGCGGAGAAACAGAUCGCCCUGGAGAAAAAGAUAGGGGACCACACGCGCGAAAUGGAGCGACAACGUGCGUCGAUAGAUGAUCAUAACAAGCAGUACUAUGAACUCACCAAGUCGAAGGAUCAGUGCCAGGCGACUCGAAAGGAACAAUACCGGCAGGAAAGUGUGUUGCAAUUGAACCUAUCCGGCCUGAAGGAAGAUUUAGCCAAAGCGGAUCAGAGUCUGAGAUCGAUGGCUGGCAAACCGAUCUUGAAUGGCAGGGACAGUGUACGCAAAGUGUUGGACACUUUCCGCACACGGAAAGAUAUGGCUCAGGAAGUAAGCAGCUAUUACGGACCCGUGAUCGAGAACUUCAAUUGUGACAAGAGCGUUUACAUGGCAGUCGAGGUGACUGCUGGAAAUCGGUUGUUCCAUCACAUCGUGGAAACUGACAAGUUUGGAACAAAAAUAUUGAAGGAAAUGAAUAAUCAGCGGCUACCAGGAGAAGUAACUUUUAUGCCUCUGAACAGACUUCACGUGAAAGAUAUCGAUUAUCCGCAGACAUCUGAUGCUAUCCCCAUGAUAUCGAAAUUGAAUUACGAUCCGAAAUUUGAUAAAGCGUUAAGGUAUAUAUUCGGGAAAACUUUAAUCUGUCGUAAUCUCGAAGCAGCGACCACUUUGGCGAGAGAUUCUGGGUUAGACUGCGUUACGUUAGAAGGAGAUCAAGUCUCGUCCAAAGGCUCCCUGACUGGCGGAUACUUCAACACCCUUAGAUCGCGACUUGAAAUACAAAAAACUAGAUCGGAAUUAAUGUCUCAGAUUACAACUCUUGAGACUCAGUUGACGACGCUUAAAGACGAGAUCAGGAAGGCCGACCAAAAUAUUAGCUCUUACGUUAGUGAGAUGCAAAGGACGGAAACUAGAAACAGUAAAGCUAAAGACAUAUACGACAAGAUGAAGGCGGAAAUCCGUCUUAUGAAGGAAGAGCUGAGCGCAAUAGAAAGAUAUCGAACGCCAAAGGAAAGGAGUCUUGCACAGUGCACGUCAAGCUUGGAAGCUAUGCGCGCGACUAAAGAUGGCUUGGAAAGUGAGUUACAUCAAGAACUCAUGGCGCAAUUAUCCGUCGCCGAUCAACAUCAGGUCGAUACCUUAAAUGAUGAUAUAAGACGUUUAACGAAGGAGAACAAAGAGGCAUUCGCAAAACGUAUGCAAUUAGAAGCGGAAAAGAACAAGUUAGAGAACUUAUUGACGAACAAUUUGGUGAGGAGAAAAGACGAGCUGGUUCAAGCUUUACAAGAGAUAUCGGUUGAAGAUCGUCAGCGGCAGCUUGACACGUCCAAGACUCAGUUAGCAGACAUUGAGAAGAGAUUAGUGAAAGUAAACGAGGACUUUAAAUCGCAAAAUGAAAAAGUGACCAGUGCUAUGAAGAAGCAAAAAGCGGAGUCUGCAGAAGUUGAGAAGUGGAAACUGAAAGAGAAGGAGGCGCAAGAGAAGAUCGAAGCUGACGCGAAGGACUUGGAGAAAUUGGCGAGCAAGCUUAAUAUCCUGCAGCAGAAAAUAGGGGAGUGUACGCAAAAAAUUGCUGAACUUGGCGCACUGCCCAGUAACGAAGCUUUUUCUAAAUUCAAUACCAUGUCUACGAAACAGCUUUUUAAGGAAAUGGAGAAAGCGAAUAAUCAUCUGAAGAAAUAUAGCCAUGUAAAUAAAAAAGCUUUGGACCAGUUUAUGUCGUUCAGUGAUCAGAAGGAAAGAUUAGUUAAACGAAAAGAGGAAUUGGAUCGAGGCGAUGAAAAAAUAAAAGAACUUAUGUCAGUGCUUGAACAACGAAAAUGCGAAGCGAUACAAUUUACAUUCAAGCAGGUCAGCAAGUAUUUCAGCGAAGUGUUUAAAAAGCUCGUGCCUUCGGGUCAUGCACAAUUAGUAAUGAGAACUGCCGAUGGUGAUGAAGGAGACGACGGAACUACAGAGCCAUCUGAUUCUGACAGAUUUAUUGGCGUUGGCAUAAAAGUAUCAUUCACCGGACACAGAGCCGAAAUGCGAGAAAUGAAUCAACUGUCCGGUGGGCAGAAGUCACUCGUGGCGUUGGCACUAAUAUUCGCAAUCCAAAAAUGUGAUCCCGCACCGUUUUAUCUGUUCGAUGAAAUCGAUCAGGCACUGGACGCGCAACACAGAAAAGCAGUGGCGGAUAUGAUCCACGAGCUUAGUUCAGAUGCCCAAUUCAUCACUACAACGUUCAGACCGGAGUUAUUGCAUCAUGCGAACAAAUUCUAUGGAGUGAAAUUCAGAAAUAAGGUUUCGCAUGUUGAGUGCGUGACGCGAGAAGAAGCAGCUGAUUUCGUCGAAGAUGACACAACGCACGGUUAAUAUUAAAGAUAUAUUAUUUAUAAAAUGGUGCAUCCAUAAUCCAAGAAAUCAUCGUUUUUUUAUUGACAUGAGAAUGAUAAGAUCAGUCGAUUUUCAGUUAACACGAGUUAACAUGAUCUGUCGAGUUUUCGCUAGUUUCUCAGAAAAAUAUUUUACAUAUGAAAUAAUCGUAAGAAAAAAAAGGCAAACUUCAUCCUUUAUGUUAUAUACACAUGUAUUCUUUGUAUGUAAGUUUUAUUUCUAGUAUGUAAUGCGUGUUAAAGAUUCAUGUUAUAUUGUGCUAACAUAUUGGCACAUAAUUCAAAGUGACAUGAUUUUUAACAAUAUUUUGAUUUACAAAAGAUUAGAAAUUAUAAAAAGAAAAUAAUACAAUGAAUAAAAAAAGAAUUUCGUGUAAACUGUUAUUUUUUAUAUUAACUUUGUUGAAUAAAAGAGAAACAAAGCGCUGUAAUAUCAGUUUAUUAAAAAAAAUCUUAGAAUAAUUAUCAUUGAGUUUGAAAAAGGUUUUACAAGACAACAUACAUAUUUCCAUGAGGAAAAAAAAAGAGAAAAGAGGAGGAAGGGAAAAAGAAAAAAUUCGGUUUAAAAAGUUUAUUUGUUCGAAGCCAUUCUUCGUAUUAUUUGCUUUUUAUCUUAAUUCAUCUUCGCAUUCGUUUAUAUUGAUGUAACUAAUGUGAGUGGGAAUUAAUUAAAUCAUUAUUAUGUGUCCCA